UUUCAAAGGGAGGAAGCAAGAGGUGCAGUCAGUCACACAGAAACUGGGAGGCUCUUGCUGUGGAUGGAUCUUGUCUUUAGGCUGCUGUAUUCACCUGCUCUUUUCUAAAGCCAACUUCUGCUCAUCCUCUCCAACCUAUGGAGUCUACUUUCAGAAUUGUAUUGUUGUUGAUGGUCGUGGCUGCAUCAGCAGAAGAGGAUCACUGCACAUGUCCAAACAACAGACGGACACGCUGUGAAAUGGAGCAAGGCAGCUGCAUCUGCAAGGCUUUCGGUUCAAAUCAGAAAGUGGACUGUUUAACUCUAACAUCUAAAUGUCUGCUUAUGAAGGCAGAGAUGAAUGCCCCAGGCAGCAGGGGGUUUCCAAAGCCUGAAACUGGUUUUUUGGACAAUGAUGGACUGUAUGACCCAGACUGUGACAAUAAUGGCAUCUUCAAAGCCAGGCAAUGCAAUCAUACAGAUACUUGUUGGUGUGUGAACAGUGCUGGGGUCAGGAGAACAGAUAAGCAUGAUAAAAACUUAAAGUGCGUUGAACUUGUUAGAACAAGCUGGAUUUUCAUCGAGCUGAAGCACAAAGAACGGGAAUCUCCCUUCUCCCAAUCUGAAGUAGCAAGCAGUCUUCUGCGCCUCAUUCAGAACCGGUACAAGCUUCGUCCAAGCUUCAUCCCAUCUAUUGAAUAUGAUUACCCAUUCAUCAAAAUUGACUUGAAACAGAACACUUCGCAGAAGUCCUACCCAGAUGUGGAUAUUGCAGAUGUAGCCUAUUACUUUGAAAAAGACAUCAAACGUGACUCCCCUUUUGCCUCCUAUAAUAAAUUUAAUAUCACGGUCAACGGAGAACCAUUAGAUAUUGAAGAAGUCCUCAUUUACUACGUGGAUGAAAUCCCCCCCGAAUUCUCAAUGCAAUUCCUGAAAGCUGGCAUUGUGGCAGUGGUCGUGGUGGCUCUCUUGGCCAUUUUAAUUGGGAUUAUUGUGUUUGUGAUUAUGAAGAGAUGGAGGACUGGAAAAUAUAAGAAAGUUGAGGCUAAGGAGAUGGGUGAAAUGCAAAUAAACCGGAUUUCAUAGAUGCUGCAAUUUUGAAAGCAAAAUUAAGAUUUUGACACUGAGGAAAUGAAAAAUAGAUAAGAUUAUCCCGUUGUUUGAAGGGAAGGAGCUAUUAAUUUUUCCUUCUAAAAAUAAUCAAAGAUUAGGGUUAGGGUUAGGAUUAGGGUUAGCUUGCGAAAUAUUCCCUAGUUGCAAAAUGGAAAAUUGAUGAAGUUUGAAGAUAUAUUUGAAGUUUCAGAGGGAAAAAAAAUCCUAAUGUUAUAACCUGUUCCUGAAAUGUUCCAGUUUCAUAGUGUUUUUUUUAAAGAAAACAAUGUUGUUUCAUAGCUACACAGUUAGCUUAAUUUAUCUUAACUCUGUUUCUAUACCUGUUUUAUGUGUAUGUUAAAAUAUUUUUUUCUGUGUUGCUCAAGCACAUAUAUACAUGACUUAUUUCUACGUUUAAGAUUGGCUUUCUGUUUGUUAAAGAUACUACACUUUUAUUUUGUAAGUUUAAUUGGCUGAAAAGAUUUGCUUCUGUUUCGGAUCUAAAACUGUAAGAAUGCUACUUUUGUAAAGUAAUACCAGCAUAGCUUUUCUAAUGGAAUCCAUCUUGUGUAACAGAAUGGUAUCUUGAAAUAAAUUUUCUUAACUUUAAAA